AUGGCAGAGGGCCUGUCGCCGGCGAAAUGCACUCUUCUGGCCAUCCAUAAUGCUUCCGCAGCCGACGUCAAGGCACUCCACUCGCUGUCAGCUCUGCGCCACGAUGCUCUCCCUCCCGAGCUCCUCCUCCGCGUCCUGUUGACCUAUCUGCCCGAAAGCGUGGAACCCCGAGAAUAUACUGCACUUGUCGAUCAGGUCAUAUCAGGCGCAUACAGAGAUGACGACCGCGGGGACGUCCACCUCGACCUUGCCCCAGUCAAAGACUUGGAUGAAGAGCAGGCGAGGAAAAGGGUCAAGAAAGCGAAGCUUUUGCCUCUCAAAGCACACUCCACACCACCCGAUUCAACAGACGACAUUGCGACCGAUUUCCUACGCCAUCGAGCCCUGCGCUUGGAUUCCGAGACCGGCCUUCUGAACCUGGUGCCGCAGCUAGUCGAGCCAUUCCUGCCUCACCACGAAAAUCUGGCAUCUUGGUACAUCGGAUACGUGCUUCCUCUGCUACGACUUCAAUUCGAGUAUUACCCACACACCCCGCCUCGACCCAUGACUCUGGCACGUUUUGAAGAGCUAGAUGCGCAGGAGGUGGUCGACUUCCUCCUGAGCCAUUCUCUCACGGUGGAAGCAGAUCAGCACAAUGAAAUUGGCAGAGAUAUUCGAGGCUUGGUUGGCCCGUGGGCGUAUGGACAUACUGGCCGGAAAAGGAGGAAGCUGUCUUCACCGCACGACUCGAGUAUUGAGGACACUGGCGAUGCUAGUGCAGCUGGCGUGGAACAGAGUGAGCAUGUCUGGGACCCCGUGUUCCAAUGGAUGGUGCUGCAAUCUCACACUCACUUUCCCACCAUCACACGUGCUGUAGAAGCGUGGGACGGACCGGACGAUGUCGAUCUUGGUGGCUCAACUCUGGGUGCCAAACCUCCCCAUCUGGAUGCCGAUGAUCAACGGAAGCUCAGAACUCGCUACGUCCAGACGGCCUUUGCUGCUUGCUACGUGGUGGAAGACGACACUAUCGACACUAUCCGCAGGGCACACUCUGUUAUGUCUCGAAUCGCCGUGCUACUUGAUCUUGCAGCACCUGACGAUCUAGACUUUAGCGCGGAUGCCCUGCCAAAAUAUACAAGCCCUGGGAGCUUGCCGCAUUCACUCGAUCUCGCGCAGGAGGCGUUGCUGCAUCCAAGUCAUCCCAUCACGACGCCCACACCCGAGAACUAUUUGCUUCUCCAGACCGUGAUUUACAGUGCGCACGUGCUCUCCUCCCUGAACUACCCCAUCUCGCCAAAGGGAGUGCUGCAAUUGCGUUUCCAGGCCACUUCAGAAGAGCAGACGGCAGUCCUUCAGAGCUUACUGCGAUCACUCUCGAAAACCGGCGGGCGACGCGACGAAGCCCUGUGGACCGCCGAUCGCAAAAUGGUCUUGUGGCUAUGGGACUGGGGCGCGGGCGGCACCGACAAACAGACCAAUACGAGCGAGGGUGUGCUCGGAAGAAUUUCAAGGCAAGAUCUUGAAGAAACGCUUCUCAAGUCCUUCAUCGAUACUGGGUGCUAUGUCCUGGCCGCUGAUCUGUAUCUCAAAUCAUCCGACGGCAUUCUGUCUCACGCGGAUGUUGAGCAAAUCGUCCUGGCGAAGACAAUGGAGGCUUACGAUGGAGCCACCAAUGGCAAUCGAACGCGGGGCGGCAUGAAGAAGGCCAACGACAUCAUUUCGGCCUUCCGUUCAUACUUCCCUCGAAGUUCUGCCUUCCGCGAAGCUUUAGCCCUCAUUACUGCUACCCACGCGCUAUCCUUCUAUUCGUUGACGCUGCAGCACGGCAUCCCCUUCCAACCAGUGAGCAUUCGAGUCAGUCACGACCCAGUCGCGCUGCUCGAAAAAGUACUUGAUCAAAACGAAGGCAGUUACACCAAGCUGGACGACUUGAUAGGUAUCGCUCGGAACUUCAUCACGGCCGGACUGUCGCAGGCGAACGAUUCAGAUCGUCUUAUCAGUGGUGCCCGGGAUGCGGACGCUGUGGCGAAGGCUGUCGAACGGAGAGUGACCUUCAUGGCUGUCGAGGCAGCGCUACACGAAAAUGACUUCGAAACGGCGUACUCAUACAUCGUGAAUCGGCUCACGCCUUCCAGUGCAGACAUUAAAGUUUCGAGCGAUGGCGCAGUAGAGCCCAAGCAUGCACGCAACGCAUCAAAGGGAAGUAGCCGUUCACAGGCGGUGGAAGCCGAAGACGACACGUCGUGGCGAGCUGCUUUCUUGGCAGGCAGAUUCCGACCUGCCACAUCCUCCUCUCCGUCACUUCGCCGGCUUGAACAACGCACCGAACUGCUAUCUCUCGCCUUACUCCUGGCUCCCGUGUCAGCCCUGACGGAGAUCUUGGCCGCGUGGCGGCGAUGUGAGGAAGAGAUGACCUCGCUCCAACUCGCACAGCAACAAGCAGAAGAGCACCUGGACGAUCGUGCCGACAAACGUCUAAGCAGCAGUUCGAUCCCAGGCAACUUCACAAUCCAAGGAGAGCAGCCUGCUUUGCUUUACAAUCAGAAACGAAGAGAGAUGGGCCGGAUGAGUGGGAAGCCAAGUGGCAACGAAGCCCCGGUCAGCAUGUUCGAUCUCACGAGAAGCGCGGCACACGCUUUGAGCAAGAACGCAUUCCCGCUACGGGGAGGCGUGAGCUCCGCGGCGGACGAUCCGCUGGAAAGCAGCGUGGAAAGUUUGGUGCACGACAACGGCACAUUGGAGGGCGAGAAGCGGGUGCGAAAACGCGACAUGGUCACGAAUGUCGUUUCUGGCGGACUGGCGAGCGGACUCGGUUGGGUACUCGGCGCUACGCCCGUGCAUCAGCAUACGAGGGAGGACCAGACGUGA